UGUUUACAUUCAUUGUCGAAUAUUCACGGUCAUUUUUGCAUUAAAGCUGCAGUUUUUAUUUCUUUUGCAGAGGUAUUUGAGCCUCUCCACGACUGCCAAUUAGCGCUCGGCUUUCUGUAUUUUGUGUUAAUUGUGCGGCUUGUGUUUUUCACUCAGUCUGCUCCGAAACUUCGGCCGAUAAAAGCAACCAGAAAACUUCCGCUUGAGAUUUCUAGUUUUGUCGCGAGAAGUAAAGUGCUUCGUUAUCAUUAUCUGACAUUAGAUAAAAUCAUGGAGGAGACGUAUCUGUACGAUCCCAAUUUGCUGAUAAAGCUGGACUUCCAUCGCAGCCCUGCCAAGUUUAAACCCUUUAUAUCGGCGGCUAACCCCGGCGAGCCCUGGAUGAAAGUGCGACCUCUAAAGGAUACCGACUACGAUCGUGGAUUCUUGCAGUUGCUUUCCCAACUCACCCACGUGGGCAAUGUGAAUCGCACGCAGUUUUUGACUCGAUUCUCCCAGAUGAAAGCCAGCGGAGAUUACUUUGUAACAGUAAUUGAGGACACUCGCAAGAAUGAAAUUAUUGGAGCAGCAUCCUUGGUGAUCGAGCGCAAGUUUAUCCAUAAUUGUGCUGUGCGUGGUCGUUUGGAGGAUGUGGUUGUAAAUGAUACAUAUCGUGGCAAGCAAUUGGGAAAACUGAUCGUGGUCACCGUUUCCCUGCUGGCCGAGGAGCUGGGCUGCUACAAAAUGUCACUGGACUGCAAGGACAAGUUGAUCAAGUUCUACGAGUCACUGGGCUACGUUGCCAUUCCCGGAAACUCGAACUCCAUGACGAUUCGUUAUGAUGAGGGACCAACGCUCAAGCGAAAUGCCACUGCUGCCGGCUCCAGUGGAACAGUGGGCGACUCCUGCCAAACUGUGAGCCUCGAUUUUGCCUCUUGACAAUUAGCCGCCAACGCUGCUCCAAAAUCCAAGCUUUGAAUGGGAGUACACAACCCCUCAAAGUUACAAUUGCGCGAAGCGCAAUGCAAAAAAAAAACUGAAAAUUGGAUUCUACAUAAAAAAAUUAUGCUUUGCAUUGCCAAAAUUCCAUUGCGCUGAGGGCAUGAUGGAUAUUUGGACAGCGCUGGCAGGCGGUGGUGUCCUUGUGGGACCGUGAUUUCCACCCACCCGCGAGGACAUACAAUUAGUUAUUUAGUUAAAGGCAACAGCAACAAAUGCUGCUCUUUGUUUUUAAUCCCUACAGAACUCUCAAUUUUAUAACUUUUUCUCCCCUUUCUGCUACUGAAUGUGCGGCUCAACUCUCAACGUAAAGGUAGUAGUAAUAUUACCUUUUAAGAGCACCUUCAUCAAGUAGCCUAAUGUUUGAUUGACCCUCAUAAUUACACUGUUCAUAAUUACAUACGAAUCUGACAAAAGCACUAAAGAAUGUUCGAAUAAACUGAUUAAAAAAAAGA